UGUAAUUGUUUACAAGUAUAUUAUAUUUAAACAUAAAAAUACAAGAUAAGAAAAUAAAAAUUAAUAUAUAUCAUUGCCAAAAUUGUUAUUAUUGUAAAAUGAAUAUGGAAUUGCAACGGGGUUGCCUGGCAUUAUUAUUGGUUUUGGAUAGUGUUUUCUCUGUGCAAGUGGAUGACAAUUAUAAUAUCGUUAAAAAAAAUAUCAAUUCCAAUUUUCAUGACGUUCCUGAUAUCCGUGGCAAAAACAAUAGCCCAAAAUUAUCCACGCCUGAAGAAUGUUUAAGAAACUGCAAAGAUGGGGAACCACCGAAAACUUGUCACUACAAAUUCACUCUAGAAUUCUAUAGCAUCCUUGGAGGAGCCUGUGAAGUAUGCACUCCCAAUUCAACCAAUCAAAUAACACCAUCAUGCCAAUGUAUUUUAGCAGAUGGCUUCGAAAGAACUUUGUUGUCUGUAAACAGGAUGUUGCCAGGUCCAAGUAUACAAGUUUGCGAGAAUGACAACAUUGUAGUGGACGUUUUAAAUAAGAUGGAAGGAGCGGAAGUCACCAUCCAUUGGCAUGGCAUUCAUCAACGUAACACCCAGUAUUAUGAUGGAGUGCCGAUGGUAACUCAAUGUGCUAUCCCACAAGGAAGCACUUUUAGAUAUGCAUUUUUGGCCGACCCAGUCGGAACCCAUUUUUGGCACGCCCACACAGGACUACAAAAAAUGGAUGGUCUCUAUGGCAGUUUAAUUGUAAGACAAUCACCUAAAAGAGACCCACAUAGCAAACUUUACGACGAAGAUUUACCUGAACACGUAAUGCUGAUUUCUGAUUGGUUUCACGAGGGAACCAAUGAAAAGUUUCCUGGUAGACUCAUAGCGGGUCAAGGGCAAAAUCCAGACAGUAUUUUGGUUAAUGGUAAAGGGAGGUUUAUAUAUCCUGAUAGUGGGGAAGAGACCGUAACGCCGUUGGAGGUUUUCACUGUGACUAAAGGAAAGAGGUAUAGAUUUAGGAUGAUCAACGCUUUUUGCUCCAUUUGUCCUGCACAAGUUAGUAUUGAGGGACAUGUUAUGACUAUUAUUGCGACUGAUGGAAAUGCUGUUAAACCAACUCCUGUCCAAACUCUUAUAUCAAAUGCUGGGGAGCGGUAUGAUUUUAUAUUAAACGCAAAUAUGUCCGUUGGAACCUACUGGAUCCAAGUCAAAGGUCUAGGAGAGUGUAGCGUAUAUAAAAUACAACAAUUGGCCAUCUUAAAAUACGUGGAUGGUCCGGAAAGUCCUUCUUCACAACCUCCUCAAUACGAUAAUCCUUUACCGCUAGGAAUGAUUUUGAAUCCUCUGGAUGGAGUUUGCAAUGGGAAAAGAAAUGGUAGUUUGUGUGUCAGCGACCUUACGGGUUUAAAACGUCCUCCAGAUAUGUUUAAACAAUAUGCCGAUAAAACAAUAUAUCUCCCAUAUAAAUUCUAUUUACAUACCAUGGAGGAAUUGUUUAAACCAAACGAAUACAAGGCGUUUAUAUCUACUUUUGAUGGAUUGCAUGUGACUAGUCUAAUUGACAAUAUUUCCUAUGAGUUUCCCAGUGCACCUCUCACAAGUCAGUACGGUGAUAAUGAUCCAAAAACUUUCUGCGAUGGGAAUAACAUAGAUCCAUCACAAUGUACUGAUUUUUGUUCUUGCGUUCACAAAAUUGACAUCAAAAACGGCGAAAUUGUGGAAGUGAUUCUUGUUGAUGAAGCUCAAGUUACAAACCUAAGCCAUCCCUUUCACUUACAUGGUUACUUUUUCUACGUUCUGGGAAGUGAGCGCUUGCCACAAGAAAGACCCAUAAGUUUGAAAGCAGCUAUAGAAAUGGAUAGAAAAGGUUUACUAAAAAGGGCCUACGAAAACAACCCACCUGGUAAAGACACGCUGGUCGUACCGGAAAAUGGUUACAUUAUCAUUAGAUUCAAAGCUGACAAUCCGGGAUUUUGGUUUUUGCAUUGUCACUUCCUGUAUCAUAUUACGGUUGGUAUGAAUUUGAUUUUGCAGGUUGGCACUAAUAGCGACUUGCCGCCUGUACCACCAAAGUUUCCAACUUGUAACAACUUUAGACCACCAGUUGCUACUAUCAAGUUGCCAUAAACAUACUUACAUAUAAUUAAUUUUUCCAAAU